AUGUCAGACUCACUGCCUUCUCCAAGCACUACACCAGAUGGCCUAGAACCACGAUUCUCUCUUCCAAGCACGACUCCACGUUCCAGCAAAACAUCCAUCGCAAUAGGUGGCGUGAUCAUCUAUGUCUAUGGUUUGGAGGAGCUCAAGCAAAAGUCCGGAGUGGACGUGGGAGUGCUGUAUCUAGCUCACAACCGGACAAGAACGUACUUGGUGACAGAAGGCAUUGCGCAUGAGAUAUUGCAUAGGUAUAGGAAUGACGGAAGAAGGAAAAGAAUUGAGAUGAUUGCUGUUACCAUGAACAUGAGGAACCAUGGAGAUCGACAAGUCAGUCGCGAUGCAAAUUUGACUUGGUCAGGUGGCAAUGACAAUCAUGCCAUGGACCUGAUAUCCAUGAUCUCCGGAGCCACCCAAGACUUCAAGCUCGUUCUCGAUUUUUUACCAGCAUAUCUCUCUCAAUUCACUCGAUUCCACAACAUCAUGCUUGGCGUAUCACUAGGGGCCCACACAGCUUGGCGCAUGGCCCUGGCCGCACAAGGCCAAAUCGAGGCUUUCGGAAUGGUUGUCGGGUGUCCAAACCUGACGUCUCUCCUCCUCGAGCGUCUAGGCAUCGACGCCGCAGUAUUUGGCGUACAGGGGGAAGAAUUAGAAACAGUUGAAUACAAUCAGCUAGAAAAGGUCAUGAACGAGCAGCAGCGAAGACGGUGGCCACGAGCGCUGGCCGAACUGACUCGCAAAGACGACAAGAGGAUACUCGAAGAAUUCCCUACCGAUAUACCAGUUUUUAUGUGCAACGGCGAAUACGACAAACUGGUUCCUUCGCGGUAUACAUCGGCAUGGCUGGAAAGAAGGAAAGCCAUGCUGAGUGGAGACGUGUCCUCGAACCAAAGCAAGGCCAGGCUGUUUGUGCAGGAAAACACGGGGCAUAGCUGCACGAAAGAAAUGGUGGCGAUGCUGGCCGACUGGCUAGGGGGCUUAUAUAAACUAUAA